AUGAGUGGGGAGCGUAAAGAUGUUGAGUUCAAAACUCUGGAUGGCUUGACCCUGCGCGGCUGGUUGUUUCAGGGACCCAAGGGCGGUCCUGCAGUAGUUGUCAAUGGUGCAUUUAACAGCCCAAAAGAGAUCUUUGUAGCCAGCGUCGCCGAAUGGUUCGGGAAGAACGGCGUGACGGCUCUCGUUUACGACGCCCGCACGCUGGGCCAGAGCGAUGGCCUGCCUCGAAACGACCUCGACCCGCAAAAGAUGGCGGAGGACAACCACGACGCUGUCACUUUCCUGCAAGAUGGGGGAUGGGUCGACCCAGACCGUAUCGCCAUCUGGGGCUUCUUCUAUAGCUCCGGCAUUGCGCUCGAGGCUGCUGCUUUUGACAAGCGCGUCAAGGCGGUCAUCGCACAAGGUCUGAUGCCGGACUGGUGCCUCAACCCGCCGGACGAGGCUGCCAUAGUUGCGAGUGCGGUCGCAGAUCGGGCUAGCCAGCUUCGUGGCAACCCGCCUCAGUACAUCCCCCUUCUCAACGACAAGGGCGAGCACCUGAUGCACUUCAAGUAUCUGGCCGAGAUGACCCCCGAGCAGAAGCACCAUCUCCCCGCCUGGGUCCACGGGGCCAAGAAAAACGCCCCGAGCUUCAACGACCACAUGACGAUCCAGAGCUUCUACCGCCAUGCUAAGUGGAAGCCAAUGAAUCUCUUCGCGGCCGUCAACCCAACCCCGGUCAUGAUUCUGACGCCUGAGGACGACGAGAUCGUGCCGCCCGCAUUCCAACGGCGCAUUUUUGAUAGCCUGCAGUCGCCACAGAAGAGGUAUGAGAUUGUAAAGGGCAGAGGUCACAUGAACUUUUUGAAGGAUGUAAACUUUGAUGAGCUCUUGGGCGGCCAGCUAGCGUUCCUCAAGGAGGUGAUGAAGUUCUGA